GAGAUAAAGAGCAGUUUACAGCACAUGACAACGGUGGCUGUCUUGAAGGAAAACUCCAACUUUUCCCGACUUUAAUGAACGCAAAUACUAAAAGAGUUUUGCAGAUAACUCUGCGCGAAUGAAGCAAAGUAUCUAGAUUCGAUAAGAUUGAAAAUGACUGGUUGCCUGCCUGAAGGCCUAGAAAGCGACAGAACGAAGCUAUCUCAUAUAGGAUCGAACUUGGAGACUGAACGAAACUUUUCUGCAAAUGGUGAUAUGGAGGACAAGACUUGGAGGUGGAACAGUCUGACAAGUCACUAAUCACAAAGUUUAAGUCAGAAAAUAUGUCUGGUGCAGCUAAGGAACCUGAUAUGGAGCUGAAAAAGGCGUUCCUGGAGCUCCAGCAGAAGAUGCAGAACACCAACCAGUCAAUACGGCUGUCUGACAUGCAGAUUGCUACGCUGAAGCGGCAGAUCGAUCAUGCCACGCUCACCGAUCGGGAGAUUCAGGCUAUGCCCGACACCACGCGAGUGUAUGACGGCGUGGGGAGGAUGUUUGUCUUGAACAAUGUGCCCACCGUGAGGAAAAACCUGGAGAAAAAACAGGCGACCAACAAGGAAAAAAUCGCCAAACUAGAGGCCAACAAGCAAUACUUGGAAAAGAGCCUGAAGGAAUCAGAGAACAACCUCCGCGAACUGAUAAGGACCAAGCAGCGUAUUGCGGUCAGUUAGGGCUAUCAUACAACCGGGGACAGAGCGGGAGUGAGAGAGGGAGAGUGACGGAGCAGGGAGAGAGUGUAUCAAGAGGGGAGAGGGAGAGAGUAACGGAGGAGUGACGGAGUAGAUGGGUUUGGCACAGGGGAAAGGGAAACUCUUCACACUUUGCUCCUUGCCUGUGUAUAAUGAUGGUGGGAUGCAUUGGAUGAUCCUCGGCUGACACUUACCGUUCUGUCGGUAUGACGUCAUUGUCUGAUAUGACGUCAUCGGCUGAUGAGGUGACAUCACUGGUUGGUGGGAUGACGUCAUCGGCCUGUGAGUGUGUUUGGAAGGGUGUGAAUGCGUACUAAGCUGUGUGCUAUUCCGUGCUCGUUUGAGAGGAGAUGGUUCAUAAUGUUCGGACUUUGGCGUAGAGAAGAGAAAAUUACACGCCUAGAGUGGUGGGGAAGGUUUUCAUUAUCACUCGCCAGUUGCGUGAUAACACGUUGGUUAUUUGCCUAAUGUGCUGCGGUUUCUUUUUUCGAUAAGAAAGUCCAGUGUUCACUGUUUCACUGACAAGUCUACGAGAUGAGAAAUGUCUCGUGAUUUUGACUGCUACUUGGGUCUUUUCGCGAAUUGUUUCCCUAGGUUUUAUAUUUUUCAGGUUUUCACCGUCUAAUUUGUGUUGCAUCAAUCUGUAUCGUUUUGUUGUUGGCACCUCGUGUUACCAGUUUUCCGCUGCGAAUUUGCUAGAGUUGCUCCUCGAGUGUUAUAAGUAACAGGUAACGUCGUCAGGCCUGACAAUAACAAUCCUCAAAAUGGUUUUACUCAUAUGUUCCUAACUCUUGUGUAAGCCAGAAACGUCCGCUAAAUAAAUCUGCAAGUA